GUAUUUUUGUUUUUAGGGAAUUAGAAGAUUUGGUUUGGUUAAUAAGGACCGUGCAAAUUUGGCGAAAUUGAGACCCCUGAAAGCGCCUGGUAAAUCUGAACGAUUGUUAUCCUUUGAAUAAAAACAAAUCAUGAUUGUUUAUUGAUGUUUUUAUAGUUUAGAUCAUAUUUUGGUUUUGGCAUCGAUCGAGAGAGAGUCUGAUUUUUUGAGCCCAGCCUCUCUCUGCAUCCAUCUUUGGUCCCUCAGCCUCGUAUCCAAAAGGGACAAAGAUGGGUGCCUGCUGCUCGUGCCAUCGAGUUAGCAGAUUCGAAGGCUCCUCCGUCGAGGAAGAAGCCAAGCCUCGUGACAUCAUCGAUGACGAUAACAUCGUCUUAACCGGCGAGGGCGGCGCUCGUGUCCGCCUUCAGGGUUCCUCUAAAUACGUCGCCAUGCACACCCAGCAAGGCAAGAAGGGCUACAAUCAAGAUGCCAUGACCGUUUGGGAGAAUUUUUCAGGUGAAAAGGACGCCGUCCUAUGCUCCAUUUUUGACGGCCACGGCCCUAACGGCCACAUGGUUUCGCGCUACGUCCGCGAUUAUCUGCCGGCCAAAGUCACCAAACAUUACGAGCAAUCAACGUCUUACAAGAUGGAUCAAGAUUGCGAUCUCAACGAUGAAUCCAACCCAUAUUUCAUGUUCUGGAAAGAUAGAAUGGUGAGGUGCUUCCAUGAAAUGGACGAGGAGCUCGAGUCAGAUGCUCCUGUUGAUAGCUAUUCCAGCGGCACCACAUCAGUGACGGUUCUUAAAAAGGGUCGGGACUUGGUGGUUGCAAACUUAGGCGACUCGCGCGCCGUCCUCUGCACAAGGGAUUCCAACAAUGAAAUUGUUGCUCAACAACUCACAGUUGAUCUCAAACCUAAUCUUCCAGCUGAAAAGGCUCGAAUAACAAGCCGUAGAGGCAGAGUUUUGCCAAUGAAGGAAGAGCCAAAUGUGCACAGAAUAUGGAUGCCUGAUCAAGAUUGCCCUGGGCUGGCCAUGGCCAGAGCUUUCGGAGAUUUUUGCUUAAAAGACUAUGGCCUCAUCUCCACCCCCGAAGUCACCUACCGUAGGCUCACCGACCGCGACGAGUUUGUCGUCUUGGCCACUGACGGGAUAUGGGACGUGCUAUCAAACUCGGACGUGAUCAAGAUCGUGGCGUCGGCGAGAAAGCGGUCGAUGGCGGCUAAAAUGCUGAUCGACGAAGCGCAGAGGGCGUGGCGGUACAAGUUCCCGUGCGCCAAAACGGACGACUGCGCCGCCAUCUGCUUGUUCUUCAAGCGGCCGCGGCCGCUGCUUACAAAGUCUAUAUCGCAAGUGACUCAACUGAGCAUCAACUACAAAGAGCCGCACGUGGGCAACGCUCACGACCACGAACUGGAGACGGUGCUGAACUGCGACAUGAACGAGGAUGCGGAGAAAGGCGGCGAUAAUAAUCGGCAGAGGAGGAGAAGGCCGUCCAGGAAAAUUGAGUUCGUUGGGCAGUGAGACCCCUCCGUGUUUUGAUUAUUUUGUUGUAUAUUGUUUCUUCUCACAGCGUGGGAGUAGUACGAGGUAGCAUUAGUCAAAUACCAUAAAAGAGUAUAUUUACCCUCAAUAAUAUAUUUUGUUUUUGGCUAAUUUCACAUUAAUAAGAAUCUCAAUUUUGAACUA